AUGCCUCGGGCGUUUUUCUCGAUUUUCAAAACUGUCAAGUCCAGAAAACAGGGAGCUCUCUUCAGGAAAUCAAAACGCCCACGAAUAGCCGAAUCGCCAGAUGAACAAGAGCAUACCGCGGUCAUAAUCGACGAAGAGUCAAGCCGGGAGGCUAUCGAACUCAGGAAGCUGUAUUUGUCAAGUUACAGUUCGUGGCCAGGAGUCCACCAAACCCAUAACGAACCCAAUGGCUCAGUCGGCCACCGUGACGAUCAAAUCGACAAAAGGUGUACUUGGCCCAGCGUCCUUCCACCGCCUAUCAGACCAGAACCAGAGAAUCCGGAAACGGGUCGUGAGAGCAGACGAUCGUCCCUGUGCAAGAAUUUCACGGAACUCAGCACGAUCAUGGGCGAACAUCACGAUAGAAUCAGUGUCCUCCUGGACCAGAUCCACACCCCAGCCACAGUCGAGGCUCAGGAAUCCUGGGGAUCUAUCGCCACCCUGUGUAUCAGACUCCGAUGCGAAUUGGUUAAUCUUGAAAAGCUAGCGGACAAGUCGGAAAUCCACCCAGUAUCCAGCUUCUGGGUCAAGUCUUGGAAAGUAGUAUACGAAGUCCGCGGAUGUAUUCAGCAAUUGAAGGAGAUUCUUGGCCAAAUCGACGACGACUACAGGUCUCGGUGUGGCGGGAUGAAGGACCCCAAAUCCAGCGAUCGUCUCGAAGGAUGUAGACUUCAGGGGUUCGGGCGAGAAGUCGAUCAAGUGAGACUUCGAUAUACGUCAACGGCCAAAGCCAUCUUUGAAGUCAAUCGCUUUGCGAUGGGUGAACAGAAGAGAGAUGUUCGGAAAUUUGAGGGAUGA